CGUCUAUUCGUGUAAAUUUAUAUGUGCAUAUAGCAUUGGAGCAGAAAAAAAAUCAUCAUCAGUAACAAACGAGCUCUUGUUCAGAAUGGAACUUACCUCGAUUCUUGCUGCAAUUGUUUUUGUGCUAAUUUUAAUUUAUUUUUAUCUAUCAUGGCAGUACAAUUAUUGGCAAAGACAAGGAGUACCCUCGGCGAAAGGGGCAAUUCCAGGACUAGGACACAUGCUACCAGUGUUUACGACACAAAAAAGUAUGGCAACCGUGUGCGAAGAACUCUACAAGUCAGGCAAAAAUUACAGCAUGUACGGCUAUUAUCGUCUCUUCUCACCACUACUCCUUAUUCGUGACCCCGAAAUCGUCAAGAAUGUUUUUCUAACAAAUUUCUCCUCAUUCAGUGAGAAUCCCAUGCAAAUAAAUUCUUCCAAACGUGACGAACUCUUAGGUUUGAAUCCCUUUUUCGUGAGUGGCGAGAAAUGGAAAGAAGCACGUGCACCAUUGUCAAAUAGUUUCUCCAGUAUGAAAUUAAAAAUCCUAAUGUCCCUUGUUUUGAAAGUGUCGACAAAAAUGUCCAAAUACUUGCACACUGAAUGUAAAACAGAAAAGGAAUUAGAUCUCAACAAGCUCUGUCAUAAAUUUACCGGUGAAAUAUCAUCGACUGGAAUGGGUAUCGAGGCUCAUAAUUUCCAAGAGGAAUUACAACCGAAAAAUGGUGAGAUGACGUACAAUCAGAUAUUAAACAAGAUUUUUGAAAAUCCAUCAUUGAGUACGGGAAUACAUCAGAUGAUAAUGUUUUUCAUCCCAUCAUUGGCGAAGAUUAUGAAUCUCGCAUUGACACCAAUUGAGGUUGAUCAGUACUUCAGAGAAAUUGCAAAGAACAUUAUUGCAAAUAGACAAAGGGAGAAAGGAACUUAUAACGAUUUUAUGCAAAUUGUGCUUGAUUAUCAAAAAUCUCAUGGUACAAAUAUGAAUCAAGAGACACUUGCUGCAGCGCACAUGUUGUCGUUUGCAGCCGAUGUUUACGAAACGUCAGCAAAAACAAUGAGUUUUCUAAUAACCGAAAUAGCCGCUCAUCCUGAAAUUCAACAGAAAGUUCGUCAGGAAAUUCAAGAAUUAGACACAAAAUACAAUGGGGAAAUUACUUACGAUUCCUUGAAAGAAAUGACAUACUUGGAGAAGGUCUUAUCCGAAUCGCAGAGGAUGCAUCAUAUUGUAGGAGCAUUCUUCAAAAUUUGUACAAAACGAACGAAACUUGAGGGUUCUGAUGGUUUAUCGUGUGUUGUUGAACCGGGACACACGAUUGCUGUUUCUUCCUUUGGUUUUCAAAUGGAUCCGAAAUAUUGGAACGAACCGGAAAAAUUUGAUCCUGAAAGAUUCGAUGAUAGUGAGAAAAGUAAGAGGAAUAAAUUUGUUUUUCUUCCAUUUGGCGAAGGACCGCGAGUGUGCGUUGGAAUGAGAUUGGCUCUAAUUAUGAUAAAAGUGGCAAUUUUCACGAUUUUCAAAGACUUUCAAGUGGACGUUUCGCCGAAAAUGAUUUAUCCAAUCAAGAGAGAUGAGACCAGUUUUCUGAAUACGGCAAAAGGUGGUUUUUGGGUGACCCUAACACCGUUAAAAUCUUAAAUUUAAGUUCUUAAAUUGUUACCCAGAUAGCAGGGAUAGUUGCAGUGAUUUUACGGAAAAACUUUCAAACUAAGAUUUCUUGUUCUGCUGUUCUUAAGUUGUUCAAAUUUUUUUUUAAAAAUGUGACCGGUGUAGAAGAGAUUUCAAUGAUUUUGAUUAUAAAAAUCAGUAAUUAAAGUACCUGAAGUUGGCGUUAAAGAAUAAUUUUUCCAGCAAAAAACUAUAAAAAUUAAAACCUUUUUUUAAAAACUAUUUAAGGUCUAAAAAGUGAAUUAAAAAUGUUUUUGUUUGUUUGGUGAAUGUGAAAGUGAUAUUUUCGGCUCCAGAAACCCUAAAUAAUUGUUUUCGACACUAAAGGUCGACGCUGACUUCUCAGAGACAUGUUUAGUACAAUUAUUUUUCUUUUGCUUAAAAUAAAAUAUAAUGUAAUUGUAUACUAAUAAUUAAAAACUGUAAAACAAUUAUUUAAAACAUUUCUUUUGCUUCAAAUAAAAUAUAUAAUAUAAUUGUUACUGUAAUAAUUGUAUAGUGAUAAAUAAUAAUUGUAUAUUUCUAAACAAUAAUUGUAUGCUUAUUAAUAAUUGGUGACAAGGACUGAAGAAAGAGACCGAGCAAAAAUUAUAGGUAAUAUUAUGCCAGCUUUACAUUGAUUGAAGAUGCAUUAUUUAAUUUAAAAAACAAUUUUUAAAUAAAGUAAAAGAAUAAUUUACUAAUAUUAAUAAAUAGCAUAAAAGAAAAGAAAAUUUUAGAAAAAGAUUUUUUUAAUCAAAAAUUAAUAAUGCACGCAAUUGUCUACGCACAUUGAGAAUU